AUGGCUUAUAGAGUUGUCAUCAACUUCACUUUCUUCUUCCUUUUGCUUGCUACCUUGGUUCCUCUUAUUCAAAUGUUUCCCUUUUGUAGAAACCAGCUUGACAUGAAUUUCUAUGAAGGAUCAUGUCCCCGUUUGCCCAUGAUUGUUAGAUAUGGUGUUUGGUCAGCCAUCAGUAAUGACAACAGAAUGGCUGCGUCCCUCCUUCGGUUGCACUUUCACGAUUGCAUAGUAAAUGGCUGUGAUGGUUCGGUGCUUCUUGAUGACACACCAUAUUUCACUGGAGAAAAGAAUGCUCCUCCUAAUCGCAAAUCAAUUCGAGGGUUUGAAGUCAUUGAUAGCAUAAAAGAACAAGUUGAAAGGCUAUGCCCAUCGAUAGUUUCCUGUGCUGAUAUAUUAGCCUUAGCAGCUAGGGAAGCUAUUGAUCUGGUUGGAGGGCCUUCUUGGCCUGUUGCAUUAGGCCGAAGAGAUGCAAUAACUACAAGUCAAGCAGCGGCUAAUCAACAAAUUCCCUCACCAAUCGAGCCUCUAGAUAACAUAAUUGCAAAGUUUGCUUCAAAGGGUCUUGACUUGAGGGAUGUUGUAGUCCUUUCAGGAGGACAUACAAUUGGUUUUGCCCAAUGCUUCACCUUCAAAAGGAGGCUUUUUGACUUUCAAGGCUCUGGCAAACCUGAUCCUGUGCUUGACUCUUUACUUCUCUCAAAAUUGCAAAACAUGUGUCCAAAUAAAGACACUUCAAACAGCAAUCUAGCUCCUCUCGAUGCUACAACUACUCUUACAUUUGAUAAUGAAUACUACAGAAAUCUUGUGAGCAACUCAGGGCUUCUUGAUUCUGACCAAGCACUAAUUGGAGAUCCAAGGACUGCUUCUAUGGUUUAUUAUUACAGCACCAAUCAAUUUUCCUUCUAUAAUGAUUUUGCUGCAUCCAUGGUGAAGCUUAGUAAUGUGGGAGUACUUACAGGACUACAAGGACAAAUUAGAAAGAAAUGUGGCUCUGUAAACUAA